UAAUCUUUCUCUCAGCCUCAGGUUCUCCUCUUGCUUGGUCACUUUUUCCUCCAAAAGGCGUUUGCUGCACUCUUAGCCUAGCUUGCUGCUGUCUUACUGCGUCUCCACCUCAGGAUUACAGCUCGAGAGAUUUGUUUCUCCUCCUUCCUCGUGUUUUUCCUUCUCUAACAGGAAUAUCAGUUUCUCAGUUAUGUAAAUCGCAGGGCUCCUGUGUUUUAGCAUGAUGGCCGUUGGCUUCUAAUUUGGUUGUUUUCCACGAAUGACGGUUAGAAUGUGAACACGCGUAACGGUUUUGUUUUUAAAUAAUUUUGGCGCUUUUUUUCUUCACUAGAACUUUGGAGCUACGUAACGUUCGAUUUUCCCGCUAAAAAAACGCUUUUCAGCAGGCUGUUUUUUGUUUAUUUGUUUGUUUUUUACAAUAAAGAUUAAGAAAAAAACUUUUGCGAUUUGUAAAAGAACGGAAGAAAUUUUAGGAUAUUUUUUAUAGCUAUUUUAAAAAAUAAUUCUUUUUUUUUCCAGUCAAACGUGCUCCGUUGUGCAAAAUCCAACAGAAAAACAAACAUAAACCAUUUUUCAAUCAAGCUUGCAAUGUAAGCUCAACUUUUUGUGGACAAGAACACAUGCAGCAUCGAUUUUUUAACUCUUUUAUUUUGUUUUAUUCAUUUUAUUUACAUCUUCAAACUGGACAUGUGGGGAUCGAACGGCCGUUAGCCUAGCAUGCUAACACGUUCUCGAUUUUUCAGCACAUCCUGUUGCUUUUUGGGAUCCGUCCAGCUGCUGUUUGUCUGAACCCUUCGUGACGGACAUGGCCUACAGCGUGGAGCGGGAGAUGCUGGAGAGAGGCCUUCAGCCACGGCUUUGUUAUUUGACCAAAGGCGACUGCGGCUACGGCUUCCACCUGCACGGCGAGCGGCACUGCGGCGCUCAGUUUAUCCGCAAGAUCGAGCCCGGUUCACCUGCUGACCUGGCUGGACUCCGCUCUGGUGACCGGGUGGUGGAGGUCAAUGGGAUAAAUGUAGAGAAGGACUCGCACCACCAGGUGGUUGAGAAGAUCAUGGCAGUGGAGCACCGGACCAGGCUGCUGGUGGUGGACAGAGAAACGGAUGAGUUCCUGCACUUCCACAGGCUGCCCUGCACUGAGGAGCUGGCCGUAGAGAUGGGCUGCCUCUCCCCUCGCGCCUCCUCUCUUGCCUCAUCCCCCAGAACCUCCUGCUCCUCCUCACCUCAUGUCUCACUCUCCUCCUCCCCACGGGACUCCAUCACCCCGCCCUUCAGCAGGGGCUGCUCCGACAAACCCAGAAUGGCCGUCGCAGCCAAGGAGAUGGACAAACUGGCCUUCAUCAUGAACGGCAACAAGACUCCCCCCAUCUCUCCAUCAGUGUUACUCAGCUCUCCGUCACUGCGUCCUCACCCCAUCACUCCUCCACUCCACCCUCCAUCCCCAUCUACAUCACUCUCAGAGACCGUCUGCCAAACGGAUCUCAGCGCUACAUGCACCAGCCCACAGGAGGAAGCUGUAGCGGAGGAGGAAGAGGUGAUGCAGGACCUGCGGCCGCGUCUGUGCUGCAUGGCGAUGAGCGAGGGGGGAUAUGGCUUUAACCUGCACUGCGAUAAGAGCCGCGUGGGGCAGUUCGUCCGCUCGGUGGAUCCAGACUCACCUGCAGAGAGAGCAGGGUUACGGCCCGGAGACAGAGUGGUGGAGGUGAAUAAUCGGAGCAUCACGGGUAUGAAGCAUUCAGAGGUUGUGGCGUUUAUUCGGGGAGGAGGAGGACACACGCAGCUUUUGGUGGUCGACCCAGAAACAGACGCGCUGUUUAAAAGGCUGGGAAUUACACCCACAGAAGAACACCUUAAAGAGGAUUGUGUGGAUGGACCACUGAUAGAGAGUCCAGUGUCAGACCGUCCAAACACAGACAGCUCUGCUUCCCCUUCACCAAUCACUGAUGGCCCCCUCAUCUCCCCACCAAUAGUAAAUGUCAUGCUGACCGAUCCACCAAUCACAAACGGCUCUCUGAAGCACCAAAGCCACGGAAGCUCCUCCUCACAUUCCACCCUAUCGGAGAUGAGUGUGGAGCUGAGCAGCUCUGAUGGCAACAAGAUGUUUGAUUCGAGCCAUUGCAAGUACCAGAGCGCCCCCAGUGGAAAGCAGGAGUUAAAGGCACAGCAGGAAUCGUUUUUGGAGACUGGUCUUCGCCUCAGCCCCACAGCUGCCGAGGCCAAGCAGAGAGCCAGGGCAAAAAGAGCCAACAAGAGAGCGCCCCCCAUGGACUGGAGCAAGAAAAAGGAGAUCUUCAGCAACUUCUGAAUCUCCCCACGCUGACAGAAACCAAAGAAAAUAGACAAUGAAGAGACGUGCCAGGGCUGGGACUGAAUGUUUAACCCUGGAAAAAGAGAGGGGAUUUCAAAAUGACACUUUGUAAAAGGAGGUGUUGCUUUUUUAACACUUUAACAUUCUGUUUUCUUUAAAUGGUCACAUGUCAGGAACAAACUCCAAAAGCCUGGUGAAAAAAGGGAGAGAAACAACAACAGAUACCCUUAAAAUUAGUGAUACCAUAGAAGAAAUACAUCUGGUUCCCUGAAGAACAUUUCCAUCCCCUGGAAACUUCUUUAAGGAACCAAAAGUCACUCCAAAGGAUACUUCAUUAUUAUGAGUGUACAAUAAACAACUCUACAGAGAUGAGUUUUGAAAGACGUGGACAGCAACAGCAAAACCGAGAGAAGAGUUAAAUUGGAAGUGGGAGUUUCUGGAUUUAGGAAGUGACAAAAGAUUGAUGCCGAAAGGUAAGUAAGUCUGAAAAUGAUGGAUUCAAGUUGGACAUGACAGAGUUUCUAUCAAAGACAAUGGAAAGGGAAAAUGAAAAAGACAAUAUCAAGGAGACAUGGAUCAAAAAUACAGUACUGGAUACAACCACAAUGCUCCAGUGGUGAGAGUAUGAGAAGGAUAAAGGGCAUGAUAGACAGAAAGAGAAAAACAGACAGAUGAACAGAGGAGGAAGGUCAUAUUCUUGGUAUGCGGAUUUGGAAGGCCUGAAAAAAAUACUGAUGCCUCAUUCAGAUUUUGGUGUUAUUAAAAGUUUGUUGUUCACAUAUCGACACAGUCAAGUUAAAACCUUUUAACUUGUGUUAAAAUUUCAUGAUGGACUGACAGAAAUAACCCCAAAUUACUUUGGACCAAAAUCUUGUUACAUGAAUGUUUGUUAAAGUUAAAGCUGCAUGGGUACAUUUUGGGGAUUUGGUGACCUCUCUGGUCGAAAUGUGUUACUGCAUGCAACGUGCUGGAGAACACUUUCUAACAUAAGUUGUGCUUCGGAGCCCUUCCCCAAGCGGACGAAUCUGAUGAUUGCGAGCGCAUUGAAAGAGUAUUCAAAGAGAACUCAGUCAAAACUUUGUGAAGGACGCGUCCACUCAGGAUGUGAGUGAAUUAUCUACUGUUGUCAUUGAUUUUGCAUUUGAGACCUAAACAUGGAGCCGGGCCUGUUGUUUGAGUCUGUGCGUGUGACGUUAAUACGUAAAGACAUAUGAGAUGACCUGAAAAACUCCCAACUUGAUGCUUCUGACUUUUAAAUGAAUAUUUCAGGCUUUACAGGGCGACUCUCAGCAGCACAUGCUCACCAUAUUCUCCCUGUUUUUUUCUCCUGACUCAGUAAUGCUACUUCUUUCAACUUUGGCAAAGAAAUCUUACAUAGUGUUGUAUGAAGAACCUUUUUUUCUUCUAUACGAA